AACUAAGAUGUAAGCAGCACUCUUUUAGUACGUUUUGAUAUUCAUUAUGAGAUAGAAAACCAAAGAGUGUGCAAUGCAUAUAGUGUGUCUAGCACAAGUGUUAUUUUGGACCUCAUGGACAAAUUUCAGUUUGGCUUAUGGACAAGCUACGGUUCCAGAGGAGGAAAUAUUAAAGUUGAUUUUAGGAAACUAUAACGAUAAAGCCCGACCAGGAACAAUAACCACACCAACAGUCAUAGUAGAUCACACACUGUCACUCCUUAGAAUAGUGGAAUUUGGACCAAAGACACUAACAGCAGAAGUAUGGCAGGCAUUACACUGGAAGGAUCCUCGACUAACAUGGACUCCAAGAAGUUACCAUGGGUUACAGUCUCUCAGUAUUCCAGCAGACAGCGUGUGGUUACCCGACAUAGUUCUCUACAACAAUGGAGGUAGUGAGGAAGGUCAAUUGAGCAAGGUCAGAGCAACAGUAUAUUACCAUGGUAUGGUCUACUUAGUGAUCCCGUCUCGAAUAAUUAGCUACUGUGACAGCAGUACUCUGAGCGAACAAGGGGACGUAACUUGCCAAUGGAAAUUCGGAUCGUGGACUAACAAUGGUUUGAAAGUGAAUCUUACAAAUUCUAGACCCCCUGACGUUUCAAACUACGAAGUGAAUUCGGCUGUUGACGUACUGAAAGUUGAUUCAACACGGAAUGAAAUAUUCUACGAGUGUUGUCCAGAACCAUAUCCUGAUAUUACUUACAAACUCACCCUUAAACGGAAAGGAUAAAGGAGAGAUCUGAAUGAUUCAUUUUGUAUAAAAUCAGCGAAGAAAGAGCAAACAAUAAAUCUUUAUCAUCAUGUUUCGACUUAUUGAUGACUAGAAUGUCCUCAAAUAAAUAAAUAGUUCAUUCAUCCCAA